AUGACCACCAAAUCAACUCGCUCGUCUCGCCCAGGCGCUCUCCAACGCACACACUCUCACACUCGCACGGCUAGCAGUAACGGCUCUGGCUCCAAAGUCGGCCUUAAUCUGCACUUUACGCAGAAGGAUGCGCCGAGCGUGAUUACUACCAAGAGCGAUAGGUCCAAGCGAUCGUCUGUCGGCCAACAUUCUGCUACUCGAGUGCAAUCUACGCUCGGUCGGACGAGCAGCUCCGCUCGCGUAGCUAGCCGAGACAACUUGACGGCCCUGGCCCCGCGCCAGCCCCCACCUCGUGCCCGACAGACAUCCGCAAACGGGGCCGUCGGCAACGGCAACGGCAAACACAAGGCCGGCUUCACGCUUGCAUCGCGGGAUGGGAGCGGGUCAGACGACGACGAAGAUGACAGCGAUGGCGAGUGGAUAUCCUCUGAGAGCGGCGCAACCACUCCCAACAAACAUGCGCCCGUCUCUCCCCCGCCCCCACCCCACCAACAACUGCCAAAUUUGGAGAAGCUGAGGCUGAACCCGGCCGAUAUGAGUGCCGGCCCUGCGACCAGUCCACCAGUCGAGACGCCAAGAGGCGAGACGACGACACCCCCGGCGAUGCAGAUGAACGGAUCCGCGCAGUCCAAAGCCAGCCCGACGAUCAUCACCACACAACCAUCACAAUCGCCCACAACAACAACAAGCACACGCACAUCCCAACCUCCACCGCGCACGCCCUCCCCUCCGCACCUCCACGCCCGCACAGAGCCCACCACCCCGACAUCGCCCGACCCCCCCUCGCGACACACCCACCACCGCUCAAAGCGCCACUCCCACACUCGCCCCCCAUCCAUCAUCUCAGACCACGGCGGGCCUCUCCUCCGUCCUCAUCCGCUUAUCCGCGGCAACUCGCACGGCUUGGGCGCUGUCGCCCCUUUGACCAUCAGUUCCGCCGCGGCGCAGGCGCAGUUGGCUACGCCGCCGCCGUCGACGCCCGGGAGCGCGAAGGAGGGGUCCACGCCGAGUAGCACGCAUGGGCCGGUACAGUUUAGGAGGACGAGCAGUGCGAGUGCGAGGAGCGUUGCUACGUUACCUGCGAGGAACUCCGUAUCGUCCAUUACACCUACACCAACUUCGACAUCUGGAUCCUCUUUUGCAGGUCGGGGCCACGAUCGUACGCGCACACUGAGCGCCGUGUCCGCUUCAUCUGCUGCUCUGUCGUCUCUCGCUUCCCUCCCAUCACGCGGGCACGCGCGGCAACAGCUGUCCAUACAGACCGUGCGCUUCCCGCCUGCGCCGCAGGAGGGUGAAGCUGGUGGAAUCCAUGCUCUGCUACCUGCGCCGUAUGUGCAGACACAUGCGACGGUGCUGGCGUGGAGAGCACCGGUUAGAGAAAGCUUCGAGAGGGUUGCUUGGGCUAGGGCCAAGGCUGGGAGGGCAUAG